AUGCCGCCUCGCGAUGACAAGACCCAGCUGAAGCGUCCGCUCGGCUCCCUUCCGGAGGACGAGACGGAAUCCAAGAAACCCCGUCGAUCCAACCGCCUGGCCAACGGCGUCGCCGCCGUCAAGACUCCCGUUUCCAACAAGCGCCACCUGCCUUCGCCCGUCACCAACCCCGUAGAUGAGACCGCUGGACCUUCAACCUCAAAGGACAAGGACGAUGAAGUGGCGGUAGACAGAAACGCCCAAGGCAACGUGACGCCGUGCAAGGCCGAGGAGCAAUACGAGCUCAGCCAGGCCCUCUCGUCGCCCCCCCAGGAUACUCAGCCCAUGAGUCAGUUCAACGACCCGAACGUCACCGCCGAGGGUGAAGAGGAGGAAGAUGGGAACGACGAGGGCAUCUGGGGCUAUCUCGUCACCCUCGAUUCUAGGUACGGUGAUAAGCCACUCGUGCUCAGAAAGCGAAACGCCUGCCCUAGCCUCGACCAAGCGGAGCUGGCAACUGAGAAGAAGGAUGACAAGUCCACGCCUGCCGCUUUACGCGAUGAGGAGGCCUAUGAGCGCACGAGUACCAGGAGGGCUCCUUCGGGGGGAUACUUGAUCGGUCGUCAUCCAGAAUGCGACGUUGUUGUCAAUGAUCAGAUCAUCUCCAACCGCCACUGUCUCAUAUUCGCCGAGACCAAGGGUACCGACACAGUCGUCAUGCUCAAGGACCUCUCGCGGAACGGCACCUUUGUCAACGAAGCCAUUGUGGGGCGCAACCAGUGCCGCGAGCGAUUCACCAUCGACCAGUGCCUAGCACACCCCUGGAUAAAUCAGACAUCCACCAAUGUCGAUGACAGCACAGACGGCCUUGUUGGCGGCCUCGCGGGUCUCGAGGUGCACAGGAGGGGUCCGGUCCGCGAGCGAACACUCCUGUCGAAGCCCUACUCGGCGCAGGUGGCGGCCACGGUCACCGGCAACGAGAACAGGACGGCCAAAGUGUCUGCCGAGAAUAACGAGCAGGACCACAUCAUCAACGCCUCCAAGGAGGAAGGACCUGCGCAUAAUAGGGCGCCGGCAGAGUUCAUGGAGAUGGGGGGUAAAGGAGACCAGGCGCUUUUUGAAAACGACGAUGCAAGUAUCUACCCCGACCGUCAGCAAGCGACUAAAGCCAACCAAGAUAAAUCAGCAGCAGCAGAAAAAGAAGCCGAAGACAAAGGCCAACGAAAAAUAGAGUGA